UCUCUCUCUCUCUCUGCUUUCUCCCUCCCUCCCUCCCUCAGCGUCUCUCUCUCUCUCUCUGCCCUAAGGUCUGCGGAAAGAUUCUCAUUCUCUCUCGAUUUCUCACUCUCCCUCGCAUUGAUUCGUUAAAAAAUUUCCCAACUUUGGAAUCAUCUGGACCUAUAUAUACAUAAACCCUAAAACAAUCUCGUCUACUCUUCGUUCAGAGGAUUUUGAUGACGUGUAUUGGGUGCACCGAUGGAGAAAUGGGUUUUUGACUUGGUUGAUUGCCAGAGCAGAUGGUAGCAUUUUAGUGUUUUUUCCUUGUGUAUUUGGACCUCUAUUGAAUUGUUGAAGGAAGCUUAUUUUAGAGGAUAAGAGGGAAGCAAUGUAUGGGAGGUCUGGUCUUGAUAGAUUUAAGAAAGCUCAGUCUUUGGAGCCGUUUUCGGUGACUGCAAAUUCAGCUCCUAAAACAGCUACUCAGCCUGCUACUAAAACAGUUUCAUAUCCCUCUGCUUCAUAUUCUCAGUCUCAAAUUUCUCACCACCAAACCGAACACCAGAGCCAAUACCAUGUUUCCCAAAAACCCCUGGGGGCAGAUGUGGCACCAGCCAUGGUGCCAACACAGCAAGCGACUCAGAUUGGAGGGGGACAGUCUACUUGGCACCCUCCUGAUUGGGCCAUUGAGCCCCGGACUGGUGUCUAUUAUCUUGAUGUGUUGAAGGAUGGUGAGGUUCUUGAUCGAAUUAAUCUGGAUAAGCGAAGGCAUAUUUUUGGGAGGCAGUUUCAUACUUGCGAUUUUGUGCUUGAUCAUCAGUCUGUUUCACGUCAGCAUGCUGCUGUUGUUCCUCACAAGAAUGGGAGCAUAUAUGUCAUUGAUUUGGGAUCUGCACAUGGUACAUUUGUUGCAAAUGAGCGAUUGACAAAAGAUUCCCCUAUUGAACUCGAGGUGGGGCAGUCCUUGCGGUUUGCUGCCUCAACAAGAACUUAUGUUUUGAGAAAGAACAAUGAAGCCCUUUUUCCUUCCAAUCCAUUACAAGCAGAAAUCAAUCUACCCCCAUCUCCUGAUCCUUCUGAUGAAGAAGCUGUUUUGGCUUAUAACACAUUUUUGAAUCGUUAUGGUUUGACCAAAUCCAACAAGGGGGCUGCAUCCAACAAGCCAGGUAGCUCAUCUUCUGUUGGAAGAGAUGACAGCCAGCAUAUGCAGAGACCUGUUAAGAGAAUUAAGAAAACUAGAGUGGCGUUCAGGGAUCAAGUUGGGGCUGAGCUGGUUGAGGUUGUUGGGGUUUCAGAUGGUGCAGAUGUAGAAACAGAACCUGGUCCAGUGGGUGUUACAGAAGGAAGUCUUGUCGGGAAAUAUGAAUCCCUCGUACAAAUCACUGUAAUACCAAAAGGGAAGGAGCAAUCCUCUGUAAAGGAAACUAAUGUUUCGCAAAAAGGUGUGACGGAUAAGUUGCUAGAAGUCUUGAACAAGGUCAAAAAUCCUCCAAGGAGUGGGAUUUAUGAUGACCUUUAUGGAGAAUCGUUUUCUGGCAAAGUGGGUUCAUCCUGGGCUUAUUCUUCUGUCAGUUCGGGUGGUAGACAAGCUGCUUCAACUAAAGAUGCUGAAGUUAAGGAUGCUGGUGGUGCAUUUAUUAGUGGAAAAGCUGAAAAUAGCUUUGGCAGUGUUGUCGAUGACAAUGACGAUGAUUUAUUUGGUGAUUGACGGAAAUGAAUGGAGAUGGUAUGGCGAAGGUUAGUGCUUUGCUUGUUUUUGGAUGAGACAAUAUAAGUAAUACUUUGAGGAGCAUUAUUCUUUAGACAAUAGUGGGUAUUACUUGCUUUGUAAAUGGAAUAUUUAUGUUGUAUUUCAUCAUCCAUUUUCUCUAUCUGACAUUCACACUAAGGUUUUGAAAUGUCAAUUCUUUGCAGUUUUGAGUGUCUAUCACCUAAUGAGGAAAUGGGUAACAACUUGCAUGA